UCCGCCCCUUCCCGCGCGCGUGCCCGGGUUAGGCGGUGCGCGCUCGGCAUGGCCAGGAGCUGGAGCCAUGGCGGUGCAGCACCACGUCCUGGAUUUCUGCCUCUCGGCGCCAGCUGAUGGUAGAACCGUUAUUGAAGCAUUGGAGCCAAUUUUUCAGGAGCAACGAAUGACCAAGACAGUUCACAACUUAGGAGAAAAUGGUUUCUUAGUAACAUAUAUUUCAGAGUCUGGCAGCUUUGCCACUCUGAGAAUGUAUACAGAUAAGCUUCUGACAUUUGACAUCCAUAGCUAUGAAAUGGAUAACAAAGGGCAAGCAACAAUUGAAAUGCUCUGUAACAAACUGGAACAGAAAAUGAAAGACCUCUUGCAGGGAAAUAUCAAAAGGCUAAAAAGGUUACCUGCAAUCAUCAGGGGAGGGACCAUUGAUAGAUAUUGGCCUACUGCAGAUGGCAGAUUAGUUGAAUAUGAUAUUGAUGAUGUUGUUUAUGAUGAAGAUUCUGCAUAUCAGAACAUCAAGAUUCUUCAUUCAAAACAAUUUGGAAAUAUUCUUAUCCUUAAUGGUGACAUUAAUUUAGGAGAAAGUGACCUCCCAUAUACACAGGCCAUAAUGGGCAGUGGAGUAGAGGACUACACAGGGAAAGAGAUUCUUAUCCUGGGAGGAGGUGAUGGUGGAAUCCUGUGUGAGCUGGUCAAGUUAAAGCCAAAGAUGGUCACCAUGGUGGAAAUUGACCAAAUGGUGAUUGACGCAUGUUGCAAGCACAUGCGCAAAACCUGUGGAGAUGUUCUGGACAAUCUGAAAGGAGACUGCUACCAGGUCUUAGUGGAAGAUUGUGUUCCAGUACUGAAGGCAUAUGCUGCAGAAGGAAGGCUGUUUGAUUAUGUUAUUAAUGACCUGACAGCUGUUCCUAUCUCUACAUCACCAGAAGAAGAAUCGACAUGGGAUUUUUUGCGACUUAUUCUUGAUCUUGCUGUGAAGGUUUUGAAACCCACUGGAAAGUACUUCACACAGGGUAAUUGUGCAAACUUAACAGAAGCACUAGCGAUGUAUGAGAAGCAGCUGAAUAAGCUCUACUGUCCUGUGGAAUAUUCAAAGAAUGUUGUUUGUGUUCCCUCUUAUGCGGAAUUAUGGGUGUUCUACACAGUAUGGAAAAAGUAAAAACCUGUCUUUUCAAUACAAAAGCUGAGUUGUAAUUUUAUGAAAAUCAAUAAAAUUCUUAAUCAUAAGGCUGCCAGGGCGAUGUGCUGCAUGAUGCUUUUUAGCUUGCUCCCUGGUGCAUGUUCUUUCUCAAACAAGAAAUGCUGUGUACUUAAAGUCAAGAGUGUUGGCCCAAGGGGUCUUGCAGUGUGCUGUUCUGUGAUUUGUCUUCAUGAAAAUGGCAACUCAUAUUUUGUUGCAUUUUUUUAAUUAUUUCUGGUCAUUUAUAUUUUGAAUGGAAGUGCAAGGAAGAAGUUCUGAUUCUGCUGGACUUCUGCAUAUUGGUGUAAAUGUGAACCUAUAUCUUCUACUGUGUGAAUGGCAAGUUCACAACUUGUGUUCAGUGAUAUUUUGUUUAUCCAAGUGUUUAUCUUUGUUUGCAUUGCAUCUUUCAAACUGCGAUGUACACACUUCAACCAUAAAACAGUUCGGAUAUUAAGUUUUUAAUUUAUUUGCUGUUUUACUCAGAAUCAAGGUAGAAAUGUAUUGCUAUUUUAGUAAAGUUACUACUGUAGCCUCUCGAAAGGGCUAAUGGCAGGAGAAGGAAGCUUGGAUUGCUUCAUGCAUGGAAAGUGAGAAUCAAUUGUUUGAACCUCUUCUUUGUCAUUGUAUGAAUGUUUUUCCAGGCAUGUUGCUAAUAUUAGGGUGAUAUGUUUAUUGUUUCAUUAAUCACAGCUGAAUUGUUUUCCUUUCUGGUUGAGUGAAAAUAUUUUCAUUUAUCAGCACUGAGAACUAAGCAGCUUCUGUCAUUAUUUAUUUUGACUAGGAUAUGAAUGAGCAAUAGGUUGAAAAGGCAUCUUUAUAACCAUAAAUUUACAUUAAAGGAAAAAGCACCUUUCAUGCUUCUGCAGGCAUCAGAAUAAUAAUCCUUGGUAAUGGGUCUAAGUUCCAAGCGAAUAAUAAGAACAAGGCUUUGAUAUUUUAAACAGAAUAUGAAAAAAGUUUGCAGGUUAAUCACUCCUCGUAUUUGGUAAUACAGUUCUGUUAUUUUCCAGCAUCGUGCGCAUAGUCUUUGUUGAUAUUGGAAAGAAAUCGGCAAAUGGACGUUACUAGUAUUGUCAGCUCCUCUAAUUGCAGCAUGUAGGUUGGAGAUUCAUGCUUUAUUGUAGUUUUAUCUCUAACCUGCUUGUAGUAAAUGGCAGAACUUCAGUGAGCUGACCUGAAAAAUAAACUUUAGUAUUCAUCAUUUCCCUUCGAUAAAUAGUUAUAAGGAAGGAUCAAUCAACUAGCUGUUAAUUCAGGGGAUUUUUGUUUGAUUAACUUUUUUCCCCUUGUUUAAAUGUCAAAUUAAAAUUGAUUGUAUCUGUUCAACAAGGAAACUGCAAUUGGAAAUAUCAGGAGAGAGGCAGGAUGUUUAUCCCCAUAUUGUUUUAGCAAAUGCCAUCUGUUUUAGCAAAGGUUCCACUUACAUGGACUAUAUUUUCUUUUGCAUCCUCUGUCCUUGUGCAACACAACCUUUUGUGUCAGCUGAUGUACUAGUUCCUGCAAGCCCUCUCAGACAUUGGCCUUCCCUUGUAGUGUGAGAUGGUUACAUCCAAGUAGUAAAGCCAGCAUGCACAGUAAUUUGAAAAUACGUGGAAGACUUUUCUGCAUGUCAGACAAUGGCAACUUCACACAAAACAGCCUUUGCACUAAAUGCUGCUCCCAUUUUGUAGAACUGUGGUCAGGUACAAUAGACAGGAGUUUAUAAAGGAUUUACCAUUUGUGGUUUAGUUCUGUAGUUAAAAAUGCAGUAGUGCAGUAAACCUUGCAAUAAAGGUCUUAACUUGAAUUUUUUAGCUGCUUGUUUUAAACUCUUAAAUGUUUUGUGUAUGUAAACAUUAAUGAAAAGGUACAAGGCUGUCUGCAGCACUGUAAACGUUGUACCCCCAUAAACUCUUAUUUUUAA